UACAGCAUUGUGGAUGUGUAACCAUGCCACGGAAGUACGUAGAAGAGGAGGAUUUAAAAACAAAAGACAAGCGUCCAUGUUCUGGUCUGAGAGCUGACCUCUUGGCAUGUUUGAUGGAGAGUGACUGUGUUCAAAAGGACAGAAAAACUCCAAAAGACUGCCUGUUGUCAGGAAAUAAUCCGCGUGUGCCAAUAGAAUGCCACCAACUACGUCAGUCAUUCUUUGAGUGCAAAAAAUCGCUGAUUGACAACCGGCAGAGGUUUAGAGGAAGGAAAGGCUACUAGGAGAAUUUGCUGCUGAGUGAUAGCCAACACAGAAUGUCUUAAGCCAAGUGCUAACCAAAAAUAGCAUAAUGCUAGUUGUAUUCUGGCCAGCCUAUAAUGUCCUAGCUGUGAACUAAUACAAUAUAGUGCUGCAGCUCAAAGCCGUGAAAGGAACAGGCUAUAUGUUAUGGUCAUGUGAGCAUAUAUGCUCUGGGUUGGGAAGUACAAGUCUAUGAUAUGAAUCGACCAUUUAAUUACCCAUUUAAUUCAUGCAGUUAUAGCAAGGUUAUAAUAUAUAGCAGCUGAAUUUUUUUUUGUCUAGCCAUUUAUAUUGUUAUGAAAACAAACCAAAUAUUGCAUAUAGAAUAUCAUUAGAAGUGGUUCCCAUUUGACACUUAAAUGUGUGGAUGCAGUAGUUAUGUUUGAUAUCAAAAGUUAAUAAAAUCCAAAAUUUGUUUUUAUUUACUCCGACUCUAAUACCUCUACCUUCUGACUCUAAUACUGAGUCGGUAUUUAGAUAGUAAUCUGCACUUUUAUUACUUCGAGCAAGGUAUAACAACGUGCUUAACACUGUUGGGCAUACCAGUUCGGCAGUUCCCGGAGAGCCUCCGGUAGGCUGAGGAUAGGGGAUACGCAGGAGUGGAAGUUGUAAAUGGACGGUGGAGAUUCAGUGAAUAAAUAAUUGUAGCAUUCUUAUA